UUUCAAGUGUUGACAAUGUAGGUAAUAAAUUUUCAGUAACAUUCUGGCUGGAUGAUCUGAAUUGCAUCUAAUAUCUUCAUCGUGCAUUGAACAUCUAUCUUUUGUAGCACACAUUCGAUCGGUGGUCCAUGGAAAAAGUCGGAGAUGGUCCGUAAAUGCAUAACACAGGGUAUAUCAGACAGAACCUUACCUUUUCCAGCGGGUUUGGAAAAUCUGCAUUCCUAGUUAAAAGGAGACAAUAGGAUCAGAGAUAAUUGGACAAUAUAAAUCACUAGCAACAGAAACAGCAAAUUUUCAAAUUUUAAAUGAGAUCACUCAAAAAGAACACUAGAAUGGAAGCUCUGUUAUCAAUAAAUGAGGCUUAAAUAUUUAACCCUUGAAUGAUACUUUCAAGAGGUAUUGGCAAUACUUGUAGUAAAAGCCCAGGUGUUAUGCCUACAACAAAGUAUCGAAUUAUUCAAGUCGACUGAGAGAUGCUUGGAGUGAAAACAAAACGUCACGGACUGAUCUAGUAUAUUUUUGAAGUGUUGAACAAAGAAAUAUAAUUUGCUCCCUCUUGGAUUGAUAACAAACGAACGUUAUCCCAAUGAAUUCAGCCAGAUCACCUGAUUCCAAGUAUAUUGUGCUGGUUCCUCAGCGCAAAUACUUGAGAAAAAUUAAGGCGUUAAUGUCCGUUUAUUCUAAACCGCAACAACGCAGGGACUAUUCAGAAAUCUUGAGAUCUCAAAGUACAAAAGCUACUGAGCACAAUCAUAAUAGAUUCUUUCCUAACAUUCUGAAAAAUCCAAGAAGUACUGAGAGCACUUUCAACAAUGGUAUUUCAAGUGAUUUAGAUAAACAGAAAACUACAAAUGAUAAUCAAGCAUAUGAGGAAUACCAAAAUCGCGGAGUCACAAAAAGAAGGAGAAAGCAAGUUCUGAGAUGUCUUCAGUCGAAUGAGGGCAGUUCACUGAAAUUCCAAGAUUCGUGUGAAAAUAAUCAUUUUCACAACUUUGUAUCAUCACCAGACAUAGAAAAUUACAGCGUACCUGAUAAAGUUCCUAAGUUGAUGAAUCAUUUCGUUUGUAACGAUUUGUAUACAGCUAAUCUAAAAAGUUCAUGCCCAACUUCCAAUCAGCAAUGUGCCGAACAUAUGGCAACUGACGACACCAGUGAUCAGUCGAUAGAAAUCUUUAACAAAAACGAUGUAUCGGAUUGCGAAAAUCGUAUCUCUGCCAAAGAUCCUUACUUUAACGUCAGUAAAAAGGACGAAUUAUUGAGCUCUAGUAACUGUAGUCUAGCAAUUGGUUCCUCGAGUUCAUAUGGCGGUACCGAAAUCGUAGAGUAUGAUCUGAACGGUAACAACAUUGUCAGUGGGGAGCGUGAAAAUCAAAUAUACGAUUCGGAAAGGAAGUCUAAUAGCGACGCAUGCCAGAUUGAUUCGAAUUAUAACGAUGGAAGAGAGGAGCCGAAUAAUACGUUUUUAGAACAGGGACAGGACCCAACAUUUGGGUCCAUGAACGAUUCAUGGGUGAAUGAAUUCGAUAUCGAUUCAUUGAGUAUUGAUAACUUUGACUUUGACCUCAAUUUCGACAAGCUGUCAUCUUCAACGGAAACCGCGUCUGAGUGUGAUCCUGCUGAGGAAAUUUUGCGACUCAGAAAUUUCGAGACAGACGAUUACGGUAACUUUUUUUGUCCGUUAACUACCAGUCAAAUGUUACCUGAUAUUAUCUUCAGCUAUGAAUUUGACGAAUCGCAGGAAAAAGGCAAGGAAGUUACAGAUGAUGGGCUGAAGCUGGCAUUGCAAUCUAUUCCAAUGUUACCAGAAUGUCAACCCACCGCUAAUAAUUUUAUUGAUAAUAUUGACUGCGCCUCAACCGAGCUAUUUGCAACUUAUGCCCUUCUGGAAUAUGGCAAUUGUUUGUUGGAAAAAAACCUGAACCUUGGUUAUAGCAAUUCAGAUGCAGAGGCAGUAUAUGGAUGCUAUACCACCUCACUUGACGAUUACGUUGAAUCUCUGAUGAAAAAUCUCUCAAAUUUAGACGCCACUAUUCCGAAUCUAGAUCUUGAAGAUAUCGACGAUAUUGAGAUAUCCAAGUACCUGAAAUUACAAACCAACACGAAUCGUACUGAAAUUAUUCCGCGAUCUACAGAUGCUCAUGGGACUAAAUCAAACGGACAAUCUUUGAAAACACGGUCAGUUUUCAAAAAAAAUUUGAGUGACUUGAAAUGUUACAUUCAAAAAAGUCGUCCGAAUGAUAAGAUUUCAGCUUGUUCUUCACCAAUAUUGAAGAAUAAAGAAGAGUGUACAUUAGCGUUAGCUGGCAAUCUUGGGGGAUGUGCAAGGGUUACACAAUAUUACAAGUUCAGGCCGAAGACAGUAAUGCCAAUGUAUUGAUGAACUUGGCUUGGAUUUGCGACAUGACCAGAAUCCGUAUUGUCCACCGACGUAAGUAUAUAUAUUCACUGCAAAUGUCUCCUAAGAAAUGCCAAUCGCCAGAAAAAUUUGGUGCCAAUCUGAGAAAUCCUGGACUACCAAAAAAAAAUUAGAAAACCGAAGAGUAAUAAUGAGCAAAAUGUUGCUGGCCAUAGGGGUGAAAAGAAAACCCGAGUAUGUACUUUAAAAGAUGUCUAAAAAAAAGAAUCCGAGUAUUUUAUUAAAUAAACCUCUUAACUUUGAUCAACGAAUUAUGUGGUUUAUGGCAAUAGUUCAAAUCUCCAAUCGGGAGAAGCUCUGCAGAUUAGUCAGAGGGGCAGUAUAUUGGUUUGCGACAGAUGCUCAAAAGAAUAUUGCUCUCUUGGAUUCACCAAAAAGCAUGUAAAAGAACAUGAUAUUUACAAGUAGCGUAAUCCACUUUUAAAUCAUUUGUUAUUUAAUGCACAAUGCGACAUUUAUCACAGAACCUUAUAUUAAUAAAUAUAGCUUAUCGACUUCUUAUUUAGUCUGACCUAUAUAUUUUGUGACGACCACUUUGCUAGUAAAUCUCAGCUCAAGCAUCAUUUUCACCAACGGCAUUUACCGGCUAUAGCGCGAAAAUUUCCUACGUAGUAAUGUUAGAUUAGUUUUAUCGAACACUGACGCGUUCGAACGGUUCCGUUUAACGUUGAAAUUUCCAAUGAUUAUUGUAACGUGGAGAUGAUUUUAUUCUGUGCCUUUCAAUUGAACGGUGACAAUCGCAAAUUUUUUAAAAUAAAAUGUUUAUCAUAAAACUUAGUUUGUAAGAAGGAAAGGUUCCUACACUACCAAGUGCCUAUGUUAUCCAAAGUGACUGCCGUUUAGAGACUAUUUGUGUUCGGAAAAUCCUAUGAUUCUCCUCAAGUAUCCCAGGAAUAGAGAUUAUAUCAAAACUAUAUGUUGUUGUAGUUACAUAUAUACGUCUGUUAUUAUUAUAUAAUUCUAAAGCAGAUAUGGCAAAUAUUUUAAUAUAUCAACAAUAAAAACCAUACUAUAUAGAAUAACUCUAAAUUUAGUACUAAUUGUAAGUUCUUGACCCAAUAUUUUAUUAUCGUCCAUGUUUUUUAUGCUUUUUUAAUUAGCAUCUUUUGACAUGAAACUGUUGACUUUGUUUUGAAUUUUCUUUGUCAUAUAGUCGAGUAUUGCCAGCAUUAUACAAUGCAUCGAUUAGACAUGAGUCUAAUGAGUGAUAUGAUCGAUGUAUUAACAAACUGUAGUGAUUCGCGAAAGAACAAGUAAAUCGAGAUACCUGUAUUUUUAACAAUAAGUAUUGAUCAGUUCAUUGAAGAAUCUCAGAUAUAAUUUUUUCUAGCCAUUUUACGUUAGAUUUAAUCAACAGAGUCUUAGAAGUUCCAAAGCAACACGAAAAUCUAGUGAAGUUAUGUGAUUAUGCUUCGCGAAUCUGCUAGCAUUAUUCAAGUUUUAGUCAUGGACCGUAUUAUGACACAUCACUUCGAGUUGCAAAGAAAUAAAGUUUUUUUUUAUUAUGUAUUUGAUUUCUGACCAUUUGCUGUAUUUUUUUUUUUUUGGUUUUCAUUGUAAAAUAAACACUGUGUAACCUGAGUAAUUGUCUCUUCCAAUAGCUAUUUACUAGUGGUUACGGUUAAUUAUUCAGAUGUCGGGAAAUAUGAAUACAGGUGAGUUGGCG